AUGAAAACUUCUUCAAUCUCAACUUUUACAUUCUUUAUUUUAUCAAUCUUGUCCAUCUCAUGGCCAACUUCUGCUGAUUUUCUUCAAUGUCUCUCUCAAACAUGCCACAACUACUCUUCGAUUUCCAAAGUUGUUUACACCCCUUCAAACUCUUCUUACACUUCCAUCCUAAGAUCCUCCAUCCGAAACUCAAGAUUCCUGUCGGAAUCCACUCCUAAACCGCAAGUGAUCAUAACCCCAGAUCACGAAUCUCAGAUCCCGCCUGUCAUACUCUGCGCCAAACAAAGUGGCCUAGAGAUCAGAACCCGAAGCGGCGGCCAUGACAUGGAGGGACUAUCUUACAUCUCACAAGUCCCGUUCGUGGUCGUUGACUUGGUCAAUCUCAGCGAAGUCACAGUCGACGUCAAGAAGAAAACAGCCUGGAUCGAAGCGGGCGCAACCACCGGUGUCGUGUAUUACAGGAUCGCCGAAAAGAGCCCCACUCUGGGAUUUCCCGGGUCUCUUUGCACCACGGUCGGCGUCAGCGGGCACUACAGUGGAGGAGGCUACGGAGCACUAGUAAGAAAAUACGGCCUCGCAGCUGACAACGUCGUAGACGCAAUAAUCAUCAACGUCAACGGAAAAAUCCUAGACAGAAAAUCAAUGGGCGAGGAUCUGUUCUGGGCAAUCAGAGGUGGCGGAGCCGCCAGUUUCGGCAUCAUCACUGCUUGGAAAGUACAGCUGGUGGAUGUUCCAAAAACAGUCACUGUUUUCUCAAUCAACAGGAAUGUUGAGAAACAGAACGGCGCUGAACUGUGGUACCGCUGGCAAACAGUGGUGCCAAAAGCCAACAAAGAUUUGUUUUUCCGUGUCAUCGUUUCCCGGACGAACGCGUCAGUCAUUGUCAACUUCUUGUCAGUGUUCCAAGGCGGCGCGGACAGAUUAGUUUCAUACAUGCAAGAAAUCUUCCCUGAGCUAGGGAUAGUGAGAAAAGACUGCACGGAAAUGAGCUGGGUCCAAUCCACCUUAUUUAGCAACCGAUUGCCAAUCAAUCCACUAGAGGCUCUGCUUAACCGGACCCGGCCCGGUCUCAGACAAUAUAAGGCCAAGUCGGAUUAUGUUCGGAAACCCCUUCCGUUGAACGUAAUCAAACACAUAGUGAACAUGCUACGCGAACCGGAAGCGGGCGAGACUACUUACUGGAUGGUGCCAUACGGCGGGAGAAUAGAAGAGAUAUCAGAAUCGGAGACUCCGUUUCCUCACAGAGGUGGUGUGCUUUACAAACUUGCUGACUUCACUUACUGGCAAGACUCUCAGGCUGCGGAUGCGGAGAGUUACAUAAGCUGGAGUCGAAGGUAUUACGAAUACAUGACUCCUUAUGUGUCGAGCUCACCCAGGGAAGCGUAUCUCAACUACAGAGAUCUUGACCUCGGAGUUAAUAACGUUGAUGGUGAGACGAGUUAUGAACAAGCUAGCGUUUGGGGGAAGCCGUAUUAUAAGGACAAUUUCGAUCGUCUUGUUCGGGUGAAAACCAUUGUUGAUCCGGAGAAUUUCUUCAGGAAUGAACAGAGCAUUCCACCAUUGUUGUAA